AUGCUAGCACUGAAGCAGACGCUGGGACGGCUUGUGGGCGCCCGAUACGGGUCUACGCUCACGAACGAGACGGUGAAAACGUUCAAGGGAAAAACCCAGCAGCAGCAGGAAGAGUCGUUUAAGAAGGUGCAGACGGGCGGCAGCAAAGCACCGAAGAAGAAGCGGAGAACGCUCGAGGAGUCUGUGUCGUUUGAGGACUUUGUGCUCCGGGGCCAGGUGCUCCACGUGUACCGAGACAUUCUCCGGUCGGUACACAAGAUCCCGGACGCUUCUCUCCGAAAAGAGGUGUUAGGGUUCGUGAAGGGCGAGCUGCGGGCGACGGCGGAGGUGACCGACCUGAACGUGAAACGGUCGUUGCUAAUUGGCGGCAUCCGGCAGUGGAAGAGCGUGUCGAACAACAUGGGCUUGUCGUACACGGAGGUGGUCUUUUGA